GCCAAUGGGGAGAGGGAUUGCUCUGGGGUAACAAGAUGGCAGCGCGCAGGUCUCUGCGGGAAAGGAAAGGGGCUGGGAUGGAGUGAGCCCCGAACCUCUCGGCCUGGUUGGAGAAGAGAGCGGGACCCGCCGGUCGGGGUCGGGAGUUGGAUCCUGUGCACUUUCGCGGCUCCCACUGUGGGGAAGGAGGGCUAUGAGGUGACGGGAAGAUGGCGAGCGACGGGGGGAAGAAGCAGUUCUGGAAGCGGAAUGCGUCCCGGGUGCCGGGCAGUAUUCAACAUGUGUAUGGAGCUCAGCAUCCUCCUUUUGAUCCACUGUUGCAUGGAAAUUUGAAACAAGGACCCAAGCCUCCGACAACCCCAGUGAAAACAAAGAAAGUCAGCACAUUUCAGGAAUUUGAAAGCAACACAAGUGAUGCCUGGGAUGUCGGGGAGGACGAUGACGAACUUUUAGCAAUGGCUACAGAAAGCCUCAACACUGAUGUAGUCAUGGAAACGGCUAACCGAGUAAUUCAGAAUCACAGUAAAUUACAAGAGCAGCACAAAUUGCAGGAGGAACAGAUAGAAAGGGAACAGCCACAGAAGAUUUCAGACUUGCCUUCAGCUGCAUGUGGUGACAACAGGCUGGUUAAAUCUGUCAGUGAAACAAACGCAUCCAGUUCUGCAGAUAACACUAAUGCAGAUACUUCUGUGCCAAGAUCUCAGUCCCUCCCACAAGCCUCUACAUAUGCUCUUACAGGUGGGGUGGCAGAUAAUGCCUCUGGUGUUCAUGUACUAUCCGAAAGAGAAGCACUGCGGUUAGAUAAAUUCAAACAGCUUCUUGCUGGCCCCAAUACAAACCUUGAAGAAUUGCGGAAGCUGAGUUGGUCAGGGAUUCCAAAACCUGUACGGCCAAUUACAUGGAAGCUCCUGUCAGGUUAUCUUCCUGCAAAUAUAGAUAGGCGAGAAGGCACUUUGCAAAGAAAACGGAAAGAAUACUUUGCUUUUGUUGAACAGUAUUACGAUUCAAGAAAUGAAGAAGCUCAUCAGGAUACAUACAGACAGAUUCACAUAGAUAUUCCUCGCAUGAGUCCAGAAGCUUUAAUUCUUCAAUCCAAAGUAACAGAGAUUUUUGAAAGAAUUCUGUUUAUCUGGGCAAUACGUCAUCCAGCCAGCGGAUAUGUUCAGGGCAUUAAUGAUCUUGUGACUCCUUUCCUUGUUGUCUUCACUAGCGAAUAUACAGAAGAAGAUUUGGAAAAUUUUGAUGUUUCCAGUCUCUCUACUGAGGUACUGCAAAAUAUUGAAGCUGACAGUUUCUGGUGCAUGAGCAAACUGCUUGAUGGCAUUCAGGAUAACUAUACCUUUGCUCAACCAGGUAUUCAGAAGAAAGUGAAAAUGCUAGAAGAGCUUGUUAGUCGGAUUGAUGAGCAAGUGCAUAAACACAUAGAACAACACGAAGUAAAAUACCUCCAGUUUGCUUUCCGUUGGAUGAAUAACUUGUUGAUGAGAGAAGUCCCCCUGUGGUGUACCAUAAGGCUUUGGGAUACAUACCAGUCUGAACCAGAAGGUUUUUCCCACUUCCACCUAUAUGUCUGUGCUGCCUUCCUUGUCAGAUGGAAAAAGGAAAUCCUAGAAGAAAAAGACUUCCAAGAACUACUAAUCUUUUUACAGAAUUUGCCUACGAUACACUGGGGAAAUGAAGAUAUCAGUGUUCUCCUUGCUGAAGCCUACAGGUUGAAGUUUGCAUUUGCAGAUGCUCCCAACCAUUACAAGAGAUGAAAAAAGCAUGGCUCUGGUUGUGGCACCAAAUCAGUUUCCACAUUGUGAUUGUGCUGGCACAUAAUUGUCUACAGCUCCUGUAUUACUAUUGAGCAAGAAGCUAUGGGGCUACUGGAUUACCAAAGAAAUGGAGAAUACAGGCUUGGGGAAAAUCUUGUGUGCUUAAAAAGAAAUAUUCUUGUUCACUGAUUAAAAAAAAAAGAUACAGAUUAAAUUUUAUCUUCAUUAUGGUCCCUUUUUUCUGUGGUAAUUGAGUUACUAUGUGAAUGAAGAAAGUGUGUUAUGUUCAUUGGGAUCUAAUGACUGAUUGUGUUGUCUCCAUCAGCUUUGUUCCUAGUCAAUUAUGUUCAUUAUUUUGAUGGAAGUAUUUUUGCUGUCUGAGGUGCACGCAAGCUAAUAAGAAUAAUCAGUCUUGCAUUGAAAAUGAGGACAAAUGAAUUAGGCAAGAAGGUCAUGUAGAGGUUGUACACACUUAUUUUUAUUUUGUUCCCAACUGCAAGAUAUUUAAGUACUUUAAAUAUAAAGUUGGUUUACCCAGUGAAACCCAGGAAUAGAUUUUUAUGGAACACAAUAUUUAAAACUUGAAGAUAAUGCCACAUGCCUUGUCAAAGGAGAUCCCCAGAUGUUUUUACCCAGUGGUGUGCAGAUAAUGUUUACUAUGUUAUUUGACUUUAGAGUUUCCAAACUAUAUUGACCAUAAUGUAGGAAUAAGUUUGGUUUGCCAUAAUGUAUUACUAAGCUAAUGCUUUAAAACAUUUUUGAGCAUGUAGAUCAUUUAAUUUCAAGAUUUUCUUUCCUAGUCAAAAUCUUACUUUAUAGGUGAAGAAUAUGUUUUGAUGUGCUACUGCCUUAUUUUGAAUUUAUAAUAUGAUGGGGCACUUGACAUUGUGUUUUGUUGUGGGUGUGGGUCCAUGCGCCUCAGCUCUUAGAAUAUAAGCAUGGAGUUGCGCUGUGUUGGUCAGGGUUAGAAAACUGGACUGAUGAAGUCUUCUCAAAUCCACUCUCUUGCACCUAUCAAGCAGAUUUCUUGAUUAGUUAAGAGGCCACUUAUAUAAAACAAAUGUGUCAGUUUAGCAGCUACUUAUUGAAGAAUUCAGUUAAAGGACUUUAUUAAUAAUAUAAACUAUUUGGCUUUCUGAAAUAUUCACCAACCAUUAACCCACUGGAGAGUCCAGUUUACUAAUAGAAUCAAGCAGUUAAAGUUUUUCCACUGGUAUACCUUUUUAUGCAAAAGGUGAUUUAUUCUUUUUUUAAGACUCCAUAUCUAGCAUACAGUUGACCAAGCCAAUUGUUCUUGAUCUUUGUAUAGAGGAAGGGUUGUUGGAAAAGUUAGCAGUGAUGCCAUUAUGCUUCUACUAAAGUAUGAUCUAUGAAAACCUUUUUAUCACUCAUAUUGUCACUAAGUCCUGAGUCAGCCUGUACUAUAAAUGGAAUAACAUAAUAUUAGGAGCUCUUCAAGUGUGCCUUUAAGUCUUUAUUUCAAUACCUUAGUGUGUUUGUAUAUGUUGACUUCCUUUCUGUAUGUAUAGAUGCCAAAAUAUAUGAUAAUUACGGGCAAUAGAACUAUUUUUCUGGCUUUUCAUAGGCUGCAAAGAUUUUUCAAGGUUUAUUGUUUAAAGAUAUUUUGUUCAGCAGAGUAUUUACCCUAUUCUUACUCUCUUUCUGGCAUUGUUUAACUAUGCAUUUGGAUUGUAUUGGGAUAUGUGAUUGUGAAACACAAUCCAGUUCCAUUUGAUUUCAUUUUCAAAUACAUACUGUUUAAUAGCUUUACUGAACAAAACAGAGUAGUUCUGGUAUUACUGUAACACAGAAGCAUGGUCACAAAUGGGGAUACAAUUAGUGAGAGGUUCCAAGUCAACAAUGAUCUGAUGGAGCUACAUUAUUGAGGAGUUGCACCAUCACUUUUUGUUUAAGUAUCUGCAUUAAUUUUAAUCCUAUUAUCCAUCCACUAACAUCCCAUGCAAAGUAAUUCACAAUAGGUUCUUGAAUUUAAUCAUAUAAUGAAGUGACAUUUAGUUUUGCAGUAUUUCCCCCAUGAAGUCUGUAAGUCAAAGGAUAUAUAUA